AUGGCUUCUGCUUUGCUACCCAAGUUGUAUCUCCUCCUAUCCUUGCUCUCCGUCGUCUUUGCCGAUGCAAAAACUGGACCAUACCUUGCUUAUAUCGACUCCGACGACAAGCCGGUUACAGUCACCAGCAUCAAGGGGAGUGACGAGUACCGUGCCUUUAUGGAAGACACAGAGAGAAAUGAAGGGGUCAUAGUCACCAAGGAAGAAGUUUUGAACAUCCUGGGUGAGCCUCGAAAUAUCACCGCGAUUUCCGUUCCGCAAUAUUUCAAUGACAGUUCGAUGGGCAUGAUUUUCAGUGCCGCUUCAGAUAUUGAAAACAGUAUUCGGUAUUGGCAGGUCAAGAAACAGUUCUAUCUUGGACGCUUUGCGUACGGACUCAGUUCGUGCGAAGGUUUUGGCCUAGAUCCGAAGAACUGCAAUGUUGAAGAUGAUCUCCCUCCGAUCAUAUUUGUUGAUUAUAAUGAAGAAUAUCUACAGAUUAUGUUGGCAGAGGUGGGGGAGUUCACAUUCGGGGACUUGUACAGUGUAAGGCUACCCAGUCUUGGUGCAAAGCGACUGCUUGACAAUAAUUUGGAUGAAUACAGACUCGAAUUGCAGAGCGCAAUUCAAGACUUCAAGGACCGUGUCUCGGUUGUAUAUAUCGAUUCUGUGGGUGAAAUUGUGAUGAGUGGUGAAGCGCCAAAGCCGGCAUUUGAAAUCAUUCGUGACGCGAUUGCUGCUGUUCUCCCUCACCAUGUUGGUAUGAUCCGCGACUCGAUUGAUCCGCUCUUCACUGAUGCUGUGGGGGCUGCGGAAUUUGCCAAAAUUCUGGUUUUGGACCCUGAGGAUUCUCAUGUAGAUGUCUGUAAUCUCCACGAUGAGCUAUGA